GGAUGGCCCACAUUAUCAAUCUUGCCUAGCAGUGCAGAGCUGUAAUGGGCGCUUCAGCCUGACUGGCAGCUCUGUACAUUAGCCAGUGUAUCAUCGUGACAUGUAUGGUGCCUUAAGGGUUACGUGCUGCUCUCGCUGGUUGAGCUUCACAUGAAGUUUGCUGAAGGAACUUGGAACUUGGACUACUGGAACUUGGACUACUGCCUGUGCAGCAUGGUGCAUUAUCCUUCUGAAAGAGGCCACUGCCAUUAAGGGAUACCAUUGCCAUGAAGGGGAGUACUUUCUCUACAACAAAGAUUAGGUAGGUGACGCACCCCCCUCCCAGCUGUCCACAUGACGUAAAAGAAAAUGGGAUUCAUCAGACCAGGCCACCACCUUCCAUUGCUCCAUGGUCCAGUUCUGAUGCUCAUGUGCCCAUUGUAGGAGCUUUCAGUGGUGGGAUAGCCAUCGCUCCCCACAUGCAUCAGUGAGCCUUGGGCACUCAUGAUCAUAUUGCCAGUUCUUCGGUUGUCCUUCCUUGGACCACUUUUGUGUGAGGAGAUAAGAGGAAGGAAGGUCUUCUUCUACACUUCUAAAUAGGCAGAGAGAAAGGCCAGCAGGCUGCUCACUUGCACCACCAUGGGGAAGCAGAACAGCAAGCUGCGUCCAGAGGUGCUCAAUGACCUGCGGGAGAACACCGAAUUCACCGACCACGAGCUACAGGAGUGGUACAAGGGCUUCCUGAAGGACUGCCCCACUGGCCAUCUCACCGUGGAUGAGUUCAAGAAGAUCUACGCCAACUUCUUCCCCUAUGGUGAUGCUUCCAAGUUUGCUGAGCACGUGUUCCGAACAUUCGACACCAAUGGUGAUGGGACAAUAGACUUCAGGGAGUUCAUCAUCGCCCUGAGUGUGACUUCACGGGGUAAGCUGGAGCAGAAGCUCAAGUGGGCUUUUAGUAUGUAUGACCUGGAUGGCAACGGAUACAUAAGCCGAGCAGAGAUGCUGGAAAUCGUUCAGGCAAUCUAUAAGAUGGUGUCAUCUGUGAUGAAAAUGCCAGAGGAUGAAUCAACACCAGAGAAGAGAACAGAUAAGAUUUUCAGACAGAUGGACACCAAUAAUGAUGGAAAGAUUUCUCUGGAGGAGUUUAUCAAAGGUGCCAGGAGUGACCCCUCUAUUGUCCGCCUGCUACAGUGUGACCCCAGCAGUGCCAGCCAGUUCUGAGCUCCAGAUACUCAGGUUGCUAUGCUAAUAGUGUUGACUGAGUCCAUGUGCACAUAAGUGUUCAUGUAUCCAUUUAGGAAUUUUACUGCACUACUAAAUGUUUUAAUUUACUAAUACCAUUAUAUGUUUUCACUGAACUAGUUUUCACUGAAUUAGGGGCCACUUUUAAAAUGUCAUUUUGAAGGAAAGUCUAGUGAGCUGUCAUCAGUCCUUGUACCAGACAAUACUUAAGACCACCACUUAAUAUUAGAAAACAUGUUUGGUUGGUUGGUUUUGUGUGUCACAAUUGUUUGAAAUAGAAAAGGUGAAAUGUUAACAACUGUAAAGUUCAUUUUGAUGAACAGUAAAGGGAAAAUUUGUUCACACCUGAAUAGUACUAAGGCAAGUCAAGCAAACAAUACAUUUUAGAAUGUUUUCCAGAAGUCUUAUUUUAACUGUAACUAGUUUUUAAAUAAUUAAGUUACUUUGGUAGUGGUUUGUGCUGUCUAUUGACUUUCUGGUUGAAAAUGCAAGCAUUCCACAUAAUUCUUUCUUUGGUCCUUCCCUCCACUGGACUUCAUGGAUGUAUAUCACAGUGCAUUUAUGACUGCUAUUCUUUUAUACUGGCAAUCCUUUUACCCCUUUGUGAUUCACCAUUUUAUGCGAGGCUUUGCUUAUGAUCCUGCCACUGCAUGUAUUUUGACAAUUUUAAUAUUAGAGUGAUUUGAAAAGGACUGUUUUAAUGUUGGUGUUUAGUACACUAUGCCAUUACUGUUGUUGAUGGUGCAAUUUCUUGUUACUUGUGCAAGAUAUCUGCUGUGGAGCAUAGUGAAGCCCAAUGCUAAUGACUUUCUUCUUCUAAAGUAUAAACUUCUUCUCCAGGUGUCAUCCUUAAAAAGAUGUUCUUUACGCAUGCCACAUACUACAUGUUCUUGCACGACUGCCAAAUAACAGAUUUAAGUACACAUCUGGGAGUUCAUCACUUCCUGUUCCAUCACCAUAGAAACUGUAGCUUAUGUCAUAAGAUGCUGUUUCACAGAGAUAGUCAUGGGGAUGCUUCUGACCUCAUGGCUGGCUUAGUUAUUUUUUAUUAAGUAUAGUUAUUGUCAUCCUUUCGCCAGCAUGUCAAGCUGGAAUCUCUAGUGAAUUUCCAGAUGUUAAGUAACUACUUCUAAUUAAACAGUGUAAAAAUGGAGGAAAAUCGAGUGAAUUUUUGUUGUAAACAUAACUUGCAUCCUUCACUGACAGCUUAUGGGCUUGGCACUAGAGCUAAAGAAGAACUAGCUAAUCUAAAGAAACUAACUAAUCUUGACAUGUUUGUUUUAAAAUGUUGUUCAUAGUUAUGACAGAUGUUUUGCAGUAUUUGUCAAGGAAACUGUAAUUGUGCUGUUAAUAUGAAAGCUCUGGAGUGUUAUUGUGAUAAUUCUCCUUUUGUUUCCAUUAAAAAAAAAAAAAGAUGUACAUCCUU